AUGAGUUACUCCGAAGAUGAACAUAAUUCCUCUGAUGAGCAAAGCUCUUCCGAAGAAGAGGAAGAACAAAGAAAUGAAAUUCGCGAGGACUUAAAGUCCAUGUCCUUUGAAGAAAUCAUGAAAUUGAAAGAGGAACUUGGUGCUAAAAUCUAUAAAGAAGCUGUCCUCGGCAUUGAUAGCAGUAAACUUGAGAAACCCAAAAAGGAAGCUAAAGAUUUUAAACGUCUUAACAAAAAUCGUCCCCGCGAAAUGACAGCAAAACGACAGGUACCAUUUUUGGGCGCAGAAAUGCGCACCAAACGCAAAAAGGAUAAUGAAAUACGUGAUCCCAGAUUUGAUGAACGUGCCGGGGAAUAUGAUGUGAAGAAGUUCAAAGAAAAUUAUAAAUUUGUAAGUGAAAUUCGAGAAAAAGAAGUGGUGCAAUUAAAGGAAGUCCUAAGUAAGACCACCGAUGAGGAUGAACGUCGUGAACUUAAGAAAACCAUACAGAGAUUAAUCAACAAGAAUGUGGAGGAGAAGAAAUGGCAUCAGAAACAACAGCAGCUUAAGGAGGAGCAAAGUGAAAUACAAAAGGCCAUUGCCGAGGGUAGACAACCGCAUUUCAUAACCAAGAAGGAACGACGAACCAAGGAAUUGGUGGCACAAUUCGAAGAGUUGAAAGAAAAAGGCAAACUGGCUAAACAUUUGGAGAAACGUCGCAAAAAGAAUGCCGCCAAGGAUCGUAAAAGAAUUGGCUUUGAUUAGAAUCUAAUUUAAAAAUAAUAUUUUUU